CUAUCCCGUUGGCCUUCGCGAAAGGGGCGGAAGUAAGCUAGGAGUGUGCCUCUGAAAUUUGUAUUUACAGCUUUCAAAUUCCGGUUUACUAUUGCCCUGCCGAUAAAAUCUAAAUCGCCAAGUGAAUGGGCUUGCUCUAGCUUCAGCAAAUCCUCCUUUUUGACUAGUAGCAGCUCGGUGCUUAAGUCGAUUGGCCCUGGCAAGGGACGCCGCGGGUGUGGUUGAGGUGUUCCUAGGGAGGGCGAGAGAGGGGCAAGUCAUGUUCGCCUCCAGCUCCGGCUGGAGACUUGGUUGCCUCACGCUUGGUCAGCUCCGAGUGUGGGCGGGUGCUGGGCUCUGGACCCUAAGGGCCUGCCAGGCCAGGCCGUACUGCUCAGCUGGUGGCGUGCAGCGGCUGGGAUCCGAACCCGAGGCCUCUCUGCCUGGCCCAGCGCGCCGGACUCUGAAGGAGUGGACGCUGCUGGUUAGCCCAUUUGGUCGGCUGCGGGUGCGGCUCCCUUGCCACCUGUCUGUGAGGCCCCUGGACCCCCUCACCUACCCCGAUGGCAACCGCCUGCUGGUCGCGGUGUGCGGCGUGGAGGGCGGAACACUGGGCCUGAAUGACCUGCAGGUGAAGUACGACGAGGCCCUGCAGGAGGUGGCCAUUCUGUCUGACACCGUGGACCCCCAGGCGUCGGUGGAGGUGAACGCACCCCUGAAGUUUGAUUUGAAUAUCAAGUCAUCGGGGUCUGGCUGUGUAAAAGUCCAAAAUAUUCAGUGUGAUAAUUGCAAAAUUGAAACUGAACAGGGAACCAGCAUCUUACAGUCUGUUAAGGGUCAAAAACUACAUGUUAAAACAAAAGGAGGCAGAGUGAUCUCUCUGGGAACAGUUUAUGGAAAUAUAGAUAUUCAUGCAUCAAAUAAAAGUACUGUGACCAUAGAUAAACUGCAGGGAAGUUCUGUUAAUAUAUCUACUGAAGAUGGUUUGCUGAAAGCCAAGUAUCUUUAUACAGAAUCAUCAUUUCUGUCUUCUGCUGCUGGGGAUAUUGCAUUAGGAAGUGUUCAUGGUAAUAUAAUAAUACAAAGUGAGACGGGUAACAUCACCAUAGACUCAUCCUCAGGAUGUCUAAGAGCCUCAACUCAUCAGGGUGCCAUCGAUGUCUAUGUCAGCCAGCUGGGGAAGGUGGAAUUGAAAUCUCACAAAGGUUCUAUUAUUGUGAAGGUACCAUCUUCUCUUCAAGCUCAUUUACAAUUAUCAGGGAAAGAAAUUGAUGUGAACCCAGAAAUCUGUGUUCAGGAAAUGGCUGAAGCUCAUAAGGAUGAUGGUGUAAUAAUUACUGGACUCAUGAAUCAAGCAAGCAAACAUGAAAAAUGGAUUAAUGUUGCUGCCCCAAAAGGCACUGUAAGUUUUAGAAGUCAAAGCUGGUUUCAGUCCCUGAAACUGCAAGACUAAGAAUGGCUUGAUCUGUACUUGUGCUAUUAAAAUAAUUAUCAGCAAACUGUGACACAAAAAUGCAACUUCCACUGUUUGUAUAAAUGCUGAAAACAGUGGCAAUAGGAAUUAAUAGUGGUAAAUAGUUUGGGAUUGGGGGACUUUUCAAAAUACUUACUAAGCCACCAUAUUCAUUUUUUAUUGCUGUGUAACAAAUAACAGUAGUCUCCCCUUAUUCUCAAGGGAUAUGUUCCAAGACCCCACAAGCGGAUGCCAUGGACAGUACCAAAUUUUAUGUAUACCAUGUUAUUUCUUACAAAUACAUAUACAAAUUUAAUGCCUUUGUUAUCUUAAUUAAUCAUUUGUGCAUUAUAGCUCUAACUUGAGCAGUUUGAGUUGCAACAGCAAAACUAGCUUCUUUUUCCUUCUUUACCCUUUCACAGGUGAAACAUUUAUUCUUUUUCUUAAUAUAUUUUUAGUUGUAGGUGGACACAAUACCUUUAUUUUAUUUUUAUGUGGUGCUGAGGAGCAAACCCAGUGCCUCAUGUGUGCCAGGCAAGCACUCUACCGCUGAGCUACAACCCCAGGCUGAAACAUUCAAUCUUACCAUAGAUUUUACCAGACUUUUUUUUUAACUUAUAAAUUAUUUAUUUCUGGAAUUGUCAUCAACCAGAGGUAACCAAAACCAUGGAAAGCAAAACCUCAGAUAAGGGGGAACCACUGUACCACAAAUUUAGCAGCUUAAAUUAAUACUCACUCAUCAGAUCACAGUUCUGUAGGUCAGGAACCCAGAUGGCUGACUACUCUGCUCAGGAUAUCAAAGGGCCAGAAUCAAGGUGUUAGCAAGGCUGACUUCUUAUCUGGAGUCUCUGAGGAGAAAUCUACUUCCAGAUUCAUUCAGAUGAUAGGUAAAAUCCAGUUCAUUAUGAAUAUAUGACUAAGAUAUCCAUUUUCUUGCUGGCUGUCUGCUAGCAAUCACUCUAAGCUUCUAGAGGCUAUAUCCAUUUUCUUGCUGGCUGUCUGCUAGCAAUCACUCUAAGCUUCUAGAGGCUACACUCAACCCUGCUUGUGUGGCACCCUUCAUCUUCAAGACAGCAGUGACACACUUGAGUCCUUCUCAUGCUUGAGUGUCUGACUUAUUUUUUAAAAGUUGAGAAAUCUCGACUUUCAAAGAUGAGUUCAGGCCCACCCAGAAUAAUUUGUAUUUUAUCAUAUGUCACAUGAUCAUGGGAGUGAAAUUUCAGCAUAAUCAAGAGUUUCCAUUUCCACUCAAGGUGAAGAGAUUAUGCAAAGGCAUCAGUCAUGAAGGGUAUUUAUCUUAGAAUUCUUUGUACUAUAGCUCUCAUGUGACAGGUUUUCUACUGAAUAUCUCUUAAACAUCAUUGGAAAUUUAAGUUAUAAAUAAAAUCUUAUAAUUGUGAAGUAGUUA